AUGGCACUUUGUAUGCAGAGAGAUUCAGUAUUGAAUAAGCUCAUGGAUUGUGGCAAGUAUGUGAGGUACACACCAGAGCAGGUGGAGGCUUUGGAGAGGGUGUAUGCGGAGUGUCCCAAGCCUAGUUCUUCCAGAAGGCAACAACUCAUUAGGGAGUGCCCCAUCCUUUCCAACAUUGAACAAAAACAGAUCAAAGUGUGGUUCCAGAAUCGCAGAUGUCGGGAAAAGCAGAGGAAGGAAGCAUCUCGUCUUCAGACAGUGAAUAGAAAGCUGUCUGCAAUGAACAAGUUGUUAAUGGAAGAGAAUGACCGUCUGCAGAAGCAGGUCUCACAGUUGGUGUAUGAUAAUGGAUACAUGAAACAACAAAUACACACUGCAUCUGCUACUACUGACAAUAGCUGUGAGUCCGUGGUAAUGAGUGGUCAGAACCAACAGCAAAACCCCAAAACUCAGCAUCCCCAAUGGGAUGCCAACAACCCAGCUGGUCUUCUUGCAAUUGCUCAAGAGACCCUGGCGGAGUUCCUUUCCAAAGCUACUGGAACUGCUGUCAACUGGGUCCAGAUGAUUGGGAUGAAGCCUGGUCCGGAUUCUAUUGGAAUCGUUGCUGUUUCCCGCAACUGUACUGGGGUAGCAGCAAGAGCCUGUGGCCUUGUGAGCCUGGAGCCCACAAAGGUUGCAGAGAUUCUCAAAGAUCGUCCAUCAUGGUAUCGUGACUGUCGAUGCCUCAAUGUAUUGAGCGUAGUCCCCAUAGGGAAUGGGGGCACAAUAGAGCUCAUGUACAUGCAGACAUAUGCACCAACAACCUUGGCAGCUGCAAGAGACUUCUGGACUCUAAGAUACACUACAACAUUGGAAGAUGGAAGUCUUGUGAUUUGUGAAAGGUCUUUGACUUCUUUAACUGGUGGCCCAACAGGGCCUCCUGCUUCAAACUUUGUUAGAGGUGAAGUGCUUCCUAGUGGAUAUCUAAUUAGAUCCUGUGAGGGUGGAGGAUCUAUAAUUCACAUUGUUGAUCACGUUGAUUUAGAUGUUUGGAGUGUUCCUGAAGUACUGAGGCCCCUCUAUGAAUCUUCAAAAUUCUUGGCUCAGAAAUUGACUACUGCUGCCUUGCGACAUGUAAGACAAAUUGCACAAGAAUCAAGUGGAGAAGUUCAUUAUGGUGGGGGUCGUCAACCUGCUGUCUUGAGGACCUUUAGUCAAAGGCUUUGCAAAGGGUUCAAUGAUGCUGUCAAUGGCUUUGCGGAUGAUGGUUGGUCAUUGAUGGGUAAUGAUGGUGGGGGAGAUGUGACUAUAGCCAUAAACUCAUCUUCCAACAAGUUUUCUGGUUCUCAUUACAAUGCAUCAAUGCUUCCAACAUUUGGAGGCGGGGUUCUAUGUGCCAAGGCAUCAAUGCUCCUGCAGAAUGUUCCUCCUGCUUUGCUUGUUCGAUUUUUAAGGGAGCAUCGUUCUGAGUGGGCUGAUUAUGGGGUUGAUGCAUACUCUGCUGCGUGUCUUAAAGCCAGUCCUUAUGCAGCUCCUUGUGCAAGACCUAGUGGCUUCUCGAGCAGCCAGGUCAUUUUGCCGCUUGCUCAUACUAUUGAGCAUGAGGAGUUCUUGGAGGUAGUUCGUAUUGAGGGUAAUGCAUUUCCCCCUGAUGAUGUUGGUUUGGCAUGUGAUAUGUAUCAAUUGCAGCUGUGCAGUGGAGUCGAUGAAAAUGCAAUUGGAGCAUGUGCACAGCUUGUGUUUGCACCUAUCGAUGAAUCUUUUGCAGAUGAUGCUCUGUUGCUGCCUUCUGGUUUCCGCAUCAUACCAUUGGAUUCCAAAAUGGAUGGUCCAGCUUCAACUAGGACAUUGGAUUUGGCAUCAGCACUAGAUAUAGGAUCUGCUAAUGCCCGUCCUGCGGGUGAAAGUGAUUUGAAUAACUACAACCUUAGGUCGGUUCUCACAAUUGCAUUCCAGUUUACUUUUGAAAACCAUUUGCGGGACAAUGUGGCUGUUAUGGCUCGCCAAUAUGUACGCAAUGUGGUUCGAUCAGUUCAGAGGGUUGCCAUGGCAAUUGCACCCUCUCGGCUCAGUACACAGGUGGGGCCAAAAUCACUUCCUGGUCCACCAGAGGCUCUUACCUUGGCAAGAUGGAUCUGCAGAAGCUACAGGCUCCACACAUGCGCAGAGCUUUUUAGAGUUGAGUCCACAUCUGGUGAUGCAAUCUUGAAUCAACUUUGGCACCAUUCAGAUGCAAUAUUAUGCUGUUCUGUAAAAACUAAUGCAUCUCCAGUGUUCACCUUUGCAAACCAAGCUGGACUUGACAUGCUUGAAACCACUCUUGUUGCUCUUCAAGACAUAAUGCUGGAUAAAGUUCUUGAUGAAUCUGGCAGGAAGGUUCUCUGCAUUGAGUUCUCCAAGAUAAUGCAACAGGGGUUUGCAUAUCUGCCAGCAGGAAUAUGUGUGUCAAGUAUGAAUCGGCCAGUGUCCUAUGAGCAGGCCAUUGCAUGCAAAGUUCUGGAUGAUGAUGAUUCCAAUCACUGUCUUGCCUUUGUGUUCAUGAACUGGUCUUUUGUCUAA